AUUAACAAUUUGACAUAACCAGUCGAAUGGCACAAAACACAAUUUCGCCAAAUUCAAAUAAUGGAGCCACCGGAACCGCCGGACCCGGACGACUGUUGCAAUUCCGGUUGCAACCCGUGCAUCCUGGACGUCUACGAACAACAGUUACGUAAAUACAACGAACAAUCACAAAUCAAACCCAACGGAACGUCUUGCAUGUCUCCCGUAAAGUUUUCGGUGUUCAAAGUCAGCAACAUUGUUCAGUACACCGCAAACACCCGCUUGUACACGUUCGAUUUCGUACACUUCAACCGGGAGGACAAAAAUCCGGACAAAAAUUACGUGGUUAAGUACGAAGCAGGUCAGCACUUCUUUAUCAAGGCUAAAAAUCACGAAGGGGAGUUUUCUAAGGCUUACACACCUUUGAAACCCUCUGAUUUGGGUGCGGAACAAUUUGUGGUGUUGAUUAAGUUGUACCGAAAUGGGGAAAUGUCUAAUUACUUCAGGAAAUUAAAGCUGAAUGAUUGUACCUUAUGGAGGGGUCCAUAUGGUGAUUUUCGUUUAAGUUACAUGUACAAAAAUAUCUUGUUUAUUGCACAAGGCACGGGAAUUGCACCUUUCUAUAGCAUUAUACAAAAUAUAUUGAACAACGAAGACUGUGUUAGUUUUUUAAAACUGUUCUUUUGUUGUCGAAGCUGUGAUGAAAUACUCUUAAGGGACGAAUUGUACAAGUUUUCGACGUUUUGGAAUUUUACUUAUGAGGUUUUCUUAAGUAGCUUAGAUAAUUUUAAUUGUAAAUACAAUGAAACUGUACAUAAAGAAAAAUUGAGUGAGAAGCAUUUGAUGGAAUACUUAGAUAAAAACACUACAGAAGCUUUACAAGUUUUAAUUUGCGGCAGUGAAGAAUUUUCACUUAAGAUUAAGAGUGAUUUAUUGAAAAUACACUCAGAAUUAAAUGUUGUUGUAUUCUAAAAUAGUACAAAUGUAUUUGUUAGUAAAUAAAAGAUGUUUUAUAUGAUUGAAUAA